AUGUUGGAACUCAGGUUGGUGCAAGGGAACUUGCUGAAGAAGGUGCUUGAGGCUGUGAAGGACCUCGUCACAGAUGCCAACUUCGACUGCUCCUCGACGGGGUUCUCACUCCAGGCGAUGGACUCGAGCCACGUUGCCUUGGUGGCGCUGCUCCUGAGGUCGGAGGGUUUCGAACAUUACCGAUGUGACCGCAACGUCUCCAUGGGCAUGAACCUGAACAACAUGGCCAAGAUGCUCAAGUGCGCCGGCAACGACGAUAUCGUCACCAUCAAGGCCGACGACGGCAGCGACACUGUGACCUUCAUGUUCGAGAGCCCCAGUAAGUCGGCCCAACCUGGCUAAAUGGUAACUGCUGAUGAUACCUGGUUAUCAUUUGAUCAGAGGUUGUGUUUUGUCAUCCCGAUAUCUCUGAAAAGUCUCCGUCGCCUUCUAGUGGUUUAGAAUCUCUGUUAGGUGUUCUCCUAGUUUAUUUGACGCAUUUAAAAGUUUCCUUGGAGUCUUGUAUUUUUUGUUGAUUCGUGUGGUCUUCUCUUAGCUGUCUCCGCAUUUGCACACAGUAAUUCAUUGAUAUGUCUACUGCCAAUGUGAUGCCAAUUUUGUUCCAAACCCAGUGAUUAAUUUCCUGGAGGCGGAAAGGCCAUAAAUAGCGUCACAUGAAUCGAUUUAUGAUAUUGAUGUUAGUUUGUUGUAGGGUUAUUGGCUUAAGUACUUCGCUUGUUUUGCUUUUAGAUGCUUUAUUGCUCCGACAGAUUGAUGUGUUCAUGGUUUUACGUAUCUGGUUUCUUCGCAUUCACUUGGACUGACUGAGCCAUUUGCCCCUUCCUGUAGAUCAAGAUAAGAUCGCCGAUUUUGAGAUGAAGCUGAUGGACAUUGACAGUGAGCAUCUUGGGAUUCCAGAAGCCGAGUAUCACGCCAUCGUCCGCAUGCCAUCGUCUGAAUUCGCAAGGAUCUGCAAGGAUCUCAGUAGCAUCGGUGACACUGGUACGACUGCUUCUGUGAUUUUACUCUCGCAUGAUUUGGUAUUCAUCGAUUGCUCUAAUCUUGUGAUGUAUUCCUUGUGGGAUGACAGUUGUAAUCUCUGUGACGAAGGAAGGAGUGAAGUUCUCUACCAGGGGUGAUAUUGGAAAUGCAAACGUUGUUUGCAGGCAAAACACCACUGUCGACAAGGUAUACAUUAUGCUAGUUUCUUCGCGCCUAGGUCGUUAUCCUCGCAGGAAAAUUGGUCACAUUUACCUUUCAGUUACUCUCAUCAUCGUCCCUAUAAUCACACAGGCCACUAGUGAGAAUCAGUUUCUCAUGUUCUUUUCUUUGUCGUGUCUUGGGUCCCUCGAGGCUGUCGAUUGCUGGUCAGGAUGGGAGACAGCUUUCCAAAUGGCUACAAUUCUUUAGCGUAUGUAAGUAGGGCUUCGAACAAUCUGUGGAAAAUCUUCAAACGAAAAAAAGAGGAAAAGAUGUGCAUCUAAUUUUACCCUGAUGUUUUGUACUAUCGUGGUAGAAAUCGUCUGUUGUUUCUUGCGAUCUAGGGAUCAUAGGGGAUCUUGAAUGAGAGCACAUCUAGGAAUUAGGGAAUCGUCCAGUUGCUGAGACCUGACCGGCCAUUCUCUCCAUCUGCAAUGUGGUUUUUGAGUGCUCUUCUUAUGAAAUUGUAUGUGUGUGUGUGUGUGUGUUUAUUUACUGUAAAUUAAAAAAAAAAACUUUUUGCUCGUUCCCCCUGAGCAGCCGGAGGAGUCGACCACCAUCGAGAUGCACGAGCCCGUCUCGCUGACCUUCGCUUUGAGGUACAUGAACUCCUUCACCAAGGCGACGCCACUGUCAAGCACCGUGACCAUAAGCCUGUCCUCGGAGCUGCCCGUCGUGGUGGAGUACAAGAUCGCAGAGAUGGGUUACAUCCGCUUCUACUUGGCUCCGAAGAUCGAAGACGAGGAGGAAGACGUGAAGCCCUGA